AUGUUGCGGCGUGGACUUUUGGCACGGGUCUCUCGUGUCGGGGGUAUCCUGGUCCUGCUGUGCUGUUCCCUGUCUCUGCUCUACGUCAUGACCUGCAGUCCUCCUCACUCCGAAGACCCGCUUCUAGUCCUCGCUCUGCCCCGGGCGGACACACACAGCCACGCCGGCACGGGGGGCACCAGGCCGGGCGGGGUCAGGGCCGCGGGCACCGGUGGCACUGGGCCGGCUGGUGGGGCGGGACUGGAACCUCCUCAGGACGGUGGGCCGGGGCUUUCGUACCAAGCUCUUCUGACGGAGAGAGAGGAGCAGCAUCGCCUUCACAUCACGUCUUUGAAGAAGCAGAUCGCGCAGCUGAAAGAAGCGCUGCAGGAGAGGAGUCAGCAGCUCAAAGGGGUUCAGGAGAGUCUGAAGAAAGGACUGACGGAGGAGGAGAGACCCAGGCCACGAGGAGGAGGAGGAGGAGGAGAGGUACAAGGGACGAAGAACCAACAAACAGACAUCCAGGACUUCCUCAAAAACCAGCUGUCUAGAGCGGAGGUGACCAGCGGGAGCCGGUUCCCCAGCGAGUACACGGUGGUGCCCUUUGAGAGCUUCACGCUGCAGAGGCUGUAUCAGCUGGAGAUGGGUCUGACGCGGCACCCGGAAGAGAAGCCCGUCCGCCGGGACAAGAGGGACGAGCUUGUGGAGGUCCUGGAGCUGUCUCUGCAGAGCCUCAACGCGCCCUCGCUGCAGCCGGACGGGAAGACGCAGAGCAGCAAAGUCUACACGCCGUCCGACUUCAUGGAAGGUAUAACUCGGACAGAGAAGGACAAGGGCACGCUGUACGAGCUGACCUUCAGAGGCGAGGCGGCCCAGGAGUUCCGGCGCCUGGUGCUGUUCCGGCCGUUUGGGCCUCUGAUGAAGGUGAGGAGCGAGAGAGUGGACACGGCCGCCGCCAUCAUCAACGUCAUCGUCCCUCUGUCCAGACGCACGGACAAGUUCAGACAGUUCAUGCUCAACUUCAGGGACGUGUGUGUGCGACAGGACGGCCGUGUGCAUCUCACUGUGGUGUAUUUUGGCAACGAUCAGAUCAACGAAGUCCGCAGCAUUUUGGAAAACACCUCCAAGGAGGUCAACUUUAAGAACUACACACUGCUGCAGCUCAACGAGGAGUUUUCUCGAGGAAGAGGUCUAGACUUCGGGGCCCGGUCCUGGAAAGGAGGCAACGUCCUGCUGUUCUUCUGUGACGUGGACAUCUACUUCACUGCGGACUUCCUCAACACCUGCAGACUCAACACACAGCCGGGUAAAAAGGUGUUCUACCCGGUGUUGUUCAGUCAGUACAACCCCGCGCUCAUCUACGGCAGCAGCGAGCACGUCCCACCAGUCGAGCAGCAGCUGGUAAUAAAGAAAGACACAGGUUUCUGGAGGGACUUUGGCUUUGGCAUGACCUGCCAAUACAGAACAGACUUCAUCAACAUUGGCGGCUUUGACAUCGACAUCAAAGGCUGGGGCGGCGAGGACGUGCACCUCUACAGGAAGUACCUUCACAGUAACCUUCUGGUGGUCCGCGCUCCGUCCCGCGGCCUCUUCCACCUGUGGCACGAGAAGCGGUGCGCGGACGAGCUGCCGCCGGAUCAGUACCGGAUGUGUAUGCAGUCCAAGGCCAUGAACGAGGCCUCGCACGGACAGCUGGGAAUGCUCUUCUUCAGGCAUGAGAUCGAGGCCCAUCUCCGCAAACAGAACUCACAGAACCCAAAGAAGACAUGA